AUGGAUUACACCAUGGAGGACACCCAGAACUCGGCACCUAACGCGCACGAGGCCUCGAAGCUUGGCCCUUCGAGCCAGCGGAAUGAUACACAGGGCGUGACCAAGCGCCUGCAAUCUGAACUGAUGCAGCUCAUGGUUUCUCCUUCCCCGGGCAUCUCAGCUUUCCCCGACGCCGACGGAAACCUUCUUUCCUGGAUUGCUACCAUCACCGGCCCGUCAGAAACUCCCUAUGAGGGCUUGACAUUCAAGCUAUCCUUUUCGUUCCCCAACAACUACCCGUACUCGCCGCCCACUGUGCUCUUCAAGUCUCCGAUCUACCAUCCGAAUGUCGACUUCUCGGGCCGCAUCUGUCUGGAUAUUCUUCGUGACAAAUGGAGUGCCGUGUACAACGUACAAAACGUCCUCCUCAGCCUGCAGAGUCUUCUUGGGGAACCGAACAACGCAAGUCCUCUCAAUGCCCAGGCAGCUGAUCUCUGGGAUACCAACCAGGAGGAGUACAAGCGCCACGUCCUGGCCAGGCACCGUGACAUUGAGGAUGUUGAAUAG